AUGAAAAGAAAAAACAUAGAAGGAGGUUUUCUCCAACAAACUCUUCGCCGUCGAGUCGAAUCUUGCAAAGCAAAAUACUCAUCCACUCCCGAAAAUAUAGUCAAGUAUCUCCGCUCAACUUACUCUGAUUAUCACCGAACAAAGCCUGAAACACUGAUUCGAUUAGUUCGUAAGGCUCUUAAUACUACUCAUAACAACGACAGUGAUAAUGGUGAAAGCGAUGGAAAGAAAAGUAAGAAAAUGGACGUAGAACAAGAAAAGGAAGAAAUUUUGCAGAUGACAACAACUCCAACCUCGUGUGAUUCUUCUGUUUUGGCUUCCGAUGGAGAGAAAGUGAGAAAGAAAGAGUCCUCGUGUGAUUCUUCUGUUUUGGCUUCCGAUGGAGAGAAAGUGAGAAAGAAAGAGUCCUCGUGUAAUUCUUCUGUUUUGGCUUCCGAUGGAGAGAAAGUGAGAAAGAAAGAGUCCUCGUGUAAUUCUUCUGUUUUGGCUUCCGAUGGAGAGAAAGUGAGAAAGAAAGAGCCCAUGUUUAAGGAUUUAGGUGGGAUGAAAAAUGUAAUUGAGGAAUUGAAAAAUAAGAUUUUAUGGCCAAUGUUUAAUCCUAAUAUGUCUAAACUGGGAGGGAAACCAAUCGGUGGUGUUUUGUUGCAUGGACUACCUGGUUGUGGCAAGACUAGAUUAGCUCAUGCUAUAGCUAAUGAGACCGGUUACAAUUUCUAUUCAACUUCUGCUACUCAAUUUGUUUCUGGAAUCUCAGGUUCAUCUGAAGAAAGUAUUAGAGAGCUUUUUUCAACAGCUAAAAGGACUGCCCCGUCUGUUAUCUUUAUUGACGAGAUUGAUGCAAUUGCUUCAAAAAGAGAGAAUUUACAGCGUCAAAUGGAGACACGAAUUGUCACACAGUUAAUGAUAUGUAUGGAUGAAGCUAAUGAUCAUCAUUUAGAGACUUCUGACAAACCUCGAGGCCAUGUUCUUGUAAUUGGAGCAACAAAUAAGCCCGGUGCUAUUGAAUCUGCACUGAGAAGACCGGGUCGUUUUGAUCGUGAGAUUCUUGUUCCUAUUCCUGAUCAAUCUUCUAGGGAGGAGAUUCUUACCGUGGUUACUCGUCAUCAAAAACAUGAUAAUUCGGUUGAUUUGCAAAAAAUAGCCAUGUCUACGCCAGGAUUUGUUGCUGCUGAUCUGGAAGCUCUAGCCAAUGAAGCCUGCAUUGUAGCAAUGGAUAGGUUACGUAAUGAAACAAAGCACAAAUUAUCAAGUGAGCAGGAUGAAGAUUGGUGGAAGGAACCAUUGCCUCAAGAUGAUUUAGAGAAAUGUGCAAUCACCAUGUCUGAUUUUGAGGAAGCAUCCAAAAAGGUGCAACCUUCGUUAACAAGAGAAGGAUUUGCUCCCAUUCCUGAUGUUAAAUGGGAAGAUGUUGGUGCACUUGAUCAUGUAAGACAAGAGUUUGAUCACUACAUUAUAAGACGUAUAAAGCAUCCCGAGGAUUUUAAGGGGUUCACAAGGAAUCUUGAAACAGGAUUUUUACUGUUUGGGCCUCCAGGUUGUGGAAAAACACUAAUUGCCAAAGCUGUUGCCAACAAAGCAGGAGCUAAUUUUAUUCAUGUUAAGGGACCUGAGCUUCUAAAUAAAUUUGUUGGAACAAGUGAGCAUGACGUCCGAAAAAUAUUUAGUCGUGCAAGGACAUGUGCACCUUGUAUAAUUUUUUUUGACGAGCUUGAUGCAUUGACAAAGGAGCGUGGUAAAGAAGGUGGUCAGAAUAUUGAAGGAGUUUUGAACCAGUUGCUUAUUGAGUUAGAUGGUGCAGAGAACCGUAAGGGUGUUUUUGUGAUUGGUGCAACAAAUAGGUUUGAUGUUAUAGACCAUGCUAUCUUACGACCUGGUAGAUUUGGUAAACAUCUUUAUGUUCCUCUUCCAAGCCCAGACGAGCGUGUAAAAAUAUUGAAAACUCUUGCAAAGGAUUUUAUUAUUGACGCCAGUGUGGAUUUGAAUGUCAUCGGAAGAAUGGAAGGUUGUGAAAACUUUAGUGGUGCUGAUCUUGCUGAAUUGCUGGAAGUAGCAGGGAUGGCUGCUCUCAUUGAGAAGUGGGACUCAACUGAGGAAACUAGUGGCACCAUCAAGACAUGUCAUUUUGAGGCAGCACUGAUAAAAAUCUCUCCCUCUGUAUCAGCCCCGCAAAGGCAGUACUAUCAACAUAUUUCAAAGAGCCUUAAAUUCAAAUGA